AUGGGUAUGGACUGCUACGAGUUAGCGGGAACAGUAAGAUUUGCAGAAGGGGAACGAAAGGCAGAGGAGCGGUAUAUCCCAUCAGAGGAGCGAGCACAGUUCCACACAUAUUGGCGCGUCGAUCUUGCACCCUUCGGUGAGAGACAAGAGUACAUGCUAAAGUCAUUCUUCGCUACGCAAGACCUCCCCCGCUCUCAUCUAAUACUCUGGUCGAACGGUGAUUUAUCACUCUAUUCUGUGGUGCAAAAGUAUCUCGAACUGUUUCCCGGCUCGUUCACACUUCGGAUAGUGGAUAUAUCUGAAUUGGCCAAGGGCACGGCAAUGGAGAACCACCGCUUACUCAACCUCGAGGACAAGAAAGCAUGGGUAGACGGCGACCUCGUCCGCUUACUUGUCAUCUGGGCAUACGGCGGCGCUUGGAUAGACAUGGACAUGCUCCUAACCCGAGACCUCUCUCCAUUGCUUGAGCACGAAUUCGUAACGCAAUGGGACUGCUACGACAAGAUUUACCAACCGUUUAACGGUGCGCUUAUGCACUUUCGCAAGCACUCGCCUUACCUCUGCGAGGCCUUCCAUCUCAUGGCACAUAGCACUCCCCCGCGCUCUCCAAGCACUGAUUGGGGCUCAGUUCUUUACCAUAGGCUGUGGCGGCGCCUCCUCAACGAAUCCAUACCUCCCUUCAAAAUUUUACCGUUCUGCUUCUCCGACCCUCUAGUGUGUCGUCUCGAUAACAGAGCGCCAGAGCCGUUUGAGCCUGAUCGCUUGGACGGGAAGUGGACCGGCAGACCCGGCGAGGGGCUUGAGGAGGGUGGAGCACUGGAUAGGGCGCUAGGCAAGAUAUUUGCGGUGCAUUUGCAUAACCGGUGGGAUAAAGCAUUUCCCAAGGGCGGUUGGGUGGAUCGGUUCUUGUUGAGGAGACAUGAGGAGGAGAUAGAGAGGAAGGUGCGAAUAAAUGGUGAGCUCUGA